UUGAAAAAGAGACCACAUUCACCAAGUAAGAAUGGAAAAAAUAUCAAUGUUGGUUUAAGUAGAACUGGAGGUGUUUACAUCCCUCCUUUCAAGCUCCAGAGACUCCAACGUGAAAUUGAAGAGGACGAUUCCGUGGAGUACCAGCGCCAGGAGUGGGAAAAAUUGAAGAAGCGCAUCAACAGCAUUGUAAACAAGCUGACCCUAACAAACAUUGCGGAAUUGAUUUGUGAAUUGCUCGAAUGUAACCUGAUUCGGGGUCGUGGCUUAUUCGCCAGGACCUGGAUUCGAGCCCAGAUGGCCUCACCAGGGUUCACUCCCAUCUACGCCUCGUUUUUGGCAGUCGUCAACUCCAAGUUCCCCGAAGUCGGGGAGCUCGUGCUGUCCAGAGUCAUACUUCAGUUUCGCCGCGCAUACAAGAGGAACGAUCGCAUAGUAUGCCAGUCCUGUGUGAAGUGUAUUGCCCACUUGGUGAACCAGAAGGUCGCCCAGGACGUUAUGGCGUUGCAACUUCUGAUGAUUUUACUCGAGAACCCUACUGACGACUCAGUGGAGCUUUCAGUCAACUUCAUUAAGGAGGUUGGAGCUUUCUUACUGGACUCGUGCAAGGAGGGGCUGGACGCAAUUUUUGAGCGACUGAGAUCAAUUCUACAGUCAGGUAGCGUUGAUAAGAAGACGCAGUACACAAUUGAGAAGCUUUGGGACGUCAGACGCAAAAAGUUCGAGGAGUACCCGCCCACCACUGAGGAACUCGACUUGGUCGAGGAGGGCGACCAGUUUACCCACGACAUAGACUUCCUGGACGGCUCCAUCGCCGCUCAGGAGCACCUGAACAUUUUCCAACCUGUCACUCCCGAGGUCUACAGAGCCGAGAACGCCAAAUGGGAGGGGAUAAAGAACUCUCUGCUGGGCAUUGAGGACGCCGGCAGCGACACCAGCGAGGACUCCGAGGCCUCCUCCGAUGACAGUGAGGACGAGGAGUCUGACAAGAAGGCCGGCAAGGACCUCGUUAGGAUCACCGACUCCACUGAGCAGGACUUAAUCAACCUGAGGAAGACGCUCUACCUGUGCAUCAUGUCGUCCCUGAACUACGAGGAGUGCGUCCACAAACUGCUCAAGCUCAACAUCGAGGAGGGCAGGGAGGUCGAGGUGUGCACCAUGCUCAUCGACUGCUGCGCCAUGGAGCGGACCUUUCAGCAGUUCUACGCGCUCCAGGCCGAGCGCCUGUGCAAGAUCAGGCCCGUGUACUGCAGCUGCUUUCAGGAGUGCUUCUCCAGGCAGUACAGCCUCAUUCACCGACUCGAGACUUCGAAGCUUCGCAACGUUGGCAAGUUCUUUUCGCACCUUUUGCACUCCGAGGCCAUUCCCUGGACCGUUCUUUCCGUCAUUCGGCUCACUGAGGAGGACACCACUUCCAGCGCCAGGAUCUUCAUCAAGAUUCUUCUUCAGGACCUUUCUCAGAACAUGGGCGCUGACGUGCUUUGUCGCCGCUUUUACGACGAGGACCUUCUUCCUCACCUCGAGGGCAUGUUUCCUACUGAUCAUCCCAAGAACAUCAGGUUCGCCAUUAACUUUUUAACUGCUAUCGGUCUUUCUCAACUCACUAGCAAUUUGAGGAAAUUACUUUAA